AUGACGAAACCACGUCGUGGGGUCAAGUUCCCCCAUCGCAACGGCCAGGCCGACGGUCGUAGGGCAAGCAUCAGCGAAGUCAGCGAAGAUGGCUCUGGGUCGCCGAUACGCGCGAGAAACGGAACGAAGCUCGGAGAUAUUGGCGAGAAGGAGGUCACCGAGCAGCGACCACCGCCGUCGCAGCCAGACAAGUCCGACUACGAGAAGAAGAAGGCCAACUUUAUAACGCGAACCUUCUGGACAUUUGUUAUGAUUGCCGGCUUCUUCGCUGCUCUUUUCAUGGGCCACAUCUACAUCAUCGCAGUCAUGACCGCCAUACAGAUUAUCUCCUUCAAGGAGGUUAUCGCCAUUGCAUCCGUACCAAGCCGUGCAAGGGACAUCAAGGCCACCAAGACUCUGAACUGGUACUGGCUAGCAACGACAAUGUACUUCUUAUAUGGCGAAAGUGUCAUAUACUACUUCAAGCACAUCGUUUUGGUCGACAAGGUCUUGCUGCCCCUGGCCACUCACCACCGCUUCAUCAGCUUCGUCCUCUACGUCACCGGCUUCGUCUUCUUUGUCGGCAGCCUCAAGGCCGGCCACCUCAAGUUCCAGUUCACCAACUUCGCUUGGACGCACAUGGCUCUCUAUAUGAUCGUCGUCCAGGCACAUUUCAUCAUGAACAAUGUGUUUGAAGGCAUGUUCUGGUUCUUCCUUCCUGCUUCGCUUGUCAUCACCAACGACAUCUUUGCCUACAUCUGCGGUAUCACUUUCGGCCGCACGCAGUUGAUCAAGCUGAGCCCCAAGAAGACGGUCGAGGGAUUCGUUGGCGCCUGGGUAUUCACCGUCAUCUUUUCCGUCUUCUUCGCCAAUAUCCUCAUGCGCAGCAAGUAUUUCAUUUGCCCCGUCAACGACUUGGGUGCCAACAUAUUCACUGGGCUUGAGUGCGACCCCAACCCUGUGUUCCUACCACACACGUACAAGCUUCCCGAGCUUCUUUUCCUUCCCGAGCCGUACAAGCACUUCAGCAUCACCACGGAACCUAUUCAACUCCACGCCAUUGUCAUUGCAACUUUCGCAUCCCUCAUCGCGCCUUUUGGCGGCUUCUUCGCAUCCGGCCUCAAGCGCACGUUCAAGAUCAAGGACUUCGGCGACUCCAUUCCCGGACAUGGCGGCAUGACCGAUCGUAUGGAUUGUCAAUUUGUCAUGGGCUGCUUUGCCUAUAUGUAUUUUCAUACUUUCAUUGCAACGAACAAGGUCUCCUACGGCCAUGUGAUGGAGCUCGCUAUCACCGGCUUGUCGGUCGAGGAGCAGAUCGAGCUCAUGAAAGGAAUGGGUCACUACCUCGAAAAUCAGGGCGUCUGGGGUUCAAAGGUUGUGGCAUGUCUCGACAACGCUUUUCCUGCGAAAAGGUAG